UUAGGGUUUGAAUUAGACAAAACCAGCCCAAGCCCAAUAAUCCAUUUUAACCCGACCCAUCGAAAUCAAUCUAUAUAACCAAAACCUUGCCUCUCAAACCCUAGCUCCUUCUCACUCUUCCCAUCAACUCUUGCGGAUCCAGCUGCGUCUGCAACAAUGGUUUAUGUUAAGGCUCAGAAAUCCAAGGCUUACUUCAAGCGUUACCAAGUCAAGUUCAAGAGAAGAAGAGAGGGGAAGACUGAUUAUCGUGCUCGUAUUCGCCUGAUUAACCAGGAUAAGAACAAGUACAACACCCCCAAGUACCGAUUUGUUGUCCGAUUUACCAACAAGGACAUAGUGGCACAAAUAGUGUCUGCUAGUAUUGCUGGUGAUAUUGUUCUUGCUGCUGCAUAUUCUCAUGAGCUGCCACACUUUGGUCUGAAAGUAGGCCUUACAAAUUAUGCUGCAGCUUAUUGCACUGGACUCCUCUUGGCCCGUCGUGUUCUGAAGACACUUGAGAUGGAUGAGGAGUAUGAGGGCAAUGUUGAGGCUACUGGAGAGGAUUAUUCAGUUGAGCCAGCUGAGUCUAGGAGGCCGUUCCGUGCUCUCCUUGAUGUUGGUCUUGUUAAGACCACCACUGGAAACCGUGUCUUUGGUGCCUUGAAGGGAGCCCUAGACGGUGGUUUGGAUAUUCCUCACAGUGACAAAAGGUUUGCUGGGUUUGACAAGGAGAAGAAAGAGCUCGAUGCUGAGGUUCACCGCAAGUAUAUUUUUGGGGGACAUGUUUCUGCCUACAUGAAGACAUUGAUUGAGGAUGAGCCUGAGAAAUACCAGACUCACUUUAGUGAGUACAUUAAGAAAGGAAUCGAGGCAGAUGGCCUUGAGGAGCUUUACAAGAAGGUUCAUGCUGCAAUUCGUGCAGAUCCUACAAUCAAGAAAUCCGAGAAGCAGCCUCCAAAACAACACAAGAGGUAUAAUCUGAAGAAGCUUACCUAUGAGGAGCGGAAAGCUAAGUUGGUUUCACGCUUGGCAGCUCUUAAUGCUGCUGUUGAUGAUGAGGACGAGGACGAGGAUGACGAUGAGUGAAAGACAUUGUGUUUGCAGCCCAAGUGAUGGAUAUCUAGAACUUUUUAUGAAUUUGCAAUUAGAUAAACGUUUUUUUGAAAAUUUUUGUUGCCUGUACUGUUUAUUUUUGAGGUUAAAAUUUUGGAUAAUUACAUGUUGGCCUUUCACUGGUUCAACUUUCUGGGUUAAUGUGUUUUUAACUUGAUUUUCUCUUGCAUACAAGUUUCUUUACUUUUA